AUGUACAGCGGUGACUCGUCGGGCCGAGAGACGGAUGCCCUUUUGGAGAAAGGAUCCUUUAACGGGACGGGCAAUAACGAGUACGGGGAGGGGCAGGACGUUGUAACGGGGGGAAGAAGCACUGUGCGGAUAAGGGAGGGGAUGCCGCCAGCAGUGGGCGCAGAGAAGGGCGUGCCACGUGGCGUGGUGAUAUUGGUGGUCGUGUUCCUGGACCUGUUUGCAGUUGGCAUGGCCAUGCCGCUUGUUACGCCGCUAAUCAAGGAGCUAGGAGCGUCCCCUUUACAAGUUGGCUUCCUCUCGUCCACAUAUGGAGCUGUGCAACUCGUUACUGGCCCAUUCUUUGGUCUGCUGAGUGACAGCAUGGGGAGGCGGGUUGUGAUUAUGGUGUCGUAUGCUGGCGCAGGGGCGAGCUACCUGCUGCUGGGGCAGAGCAGCACUGUAACGAUGGUGGUGAUCUCCCGAGUGCUACUAGGCAUCACCAAGCACAGCAUGAAUGCAGUCAAGGCGUAUGUGGCGGAUCACACCACAGCCAGUAACAGAGCCGUGGAGCUGGGCAGGAUGGCAACAGCAUCGGCUCUGGGCAUCAUGGUCGGCCCUGCAGUGGGUGGCAUGCUAUUUAAAGCAGGCAGUUAUCCCCUCCCAACAGCAGCAGCAGCGCUUCUCUACGCUAUAAACUCCUUCAUUACUGUCACACAGCUGGAAGCACAGCAUAAACCCUCUGCCGAAUCUACAUCACAUGGCCAUAAGAGAACACGGGUUCUCUCACUGCAAGGUCUCCUACCCAAUGUGGCCAUACUGACUCGCCCCCGAGUGGCAGCACUGAUGGCAGUGCGGGCAGUGCUGGGGCUGGCAGUGCACCUUUUUCGUCAGGGCUUCUCACUGCUCCUCAUCUACCGCCUCAACCUGCCCGUGCACACCAACGGGCUGCUGCUCUCAUUGCAGGGCUUCUCACUGCUCCUCAUCUACCGCCUCAACCUGCCCGUGCACACCAACGGGCUGCUGCUCUCCCUGCAGGGCUUCUCACUGCUCCUCAUCUACCGCCUCAACCUCCCCGUGCACACCAACGGGCUGCUGCUCUCGCUGCAGGGCUUCUCGCUGCUCCUCAUCUACCGCCUCAACCUGCCAGUCCACACCAACGGGCUGCUGCUUUCAUUGCAUGGCUUCUCGCUGCUCCUCAUCUACCGCCUCAACCUCCCAGUCCACACCAACGGGCUGCUGCUUUCAUUGCAGUACAUCUAUCUCUUCCGGCAGGGCUUCUCGCUGCUCCUCAUCUACCGCCUCAACCUGCCCGUGCACACCAACGGGCUGGUCUCCUCACGUCGCUCGUGCAGGGCCUCGCCAUCCGUCCCUUGCUGCACUGAUCUCCAGAGCCCCUCAUUUCAGCCUGUCAAAUCUGAUUCCAUGUCCCUCUCUUUCUAUGCCCACCUAACAGGGUCUCCUCACAUCGCUGGUACAGGGCCUGGCCAUCCUCCCUUUGCUGCACCGCUUCCUGUGGGCCUUCAUCCAGCCAAUCUCAUCCGCCCUUCCUUCUCUUCACCGUCCCCACCUCCAUGCUCAUAUCCCCACCUCUCAGGGUCUCCUCACAUCGCUCGUGCAGGGCCUCGCCAUCCGCCCCUUACUGCGCCGCUUCCCAGAGGCGCCUCUCAUCUUCCGCGGCCUGCUGCUGCUCUCCCUCACCCUCGCCCUGCUCGCUGCUGCCCCCAGCCUUGUAAGCCGUUCCCCCUUGUGCCAUGCUGUCUGCCCCCACCUCAUCUUCUGUCAACCGUCCUUCACCUGCUGCUGCUCUCCCUCACCCUCGCCCUGCUCGCUGCUGCCCCCAGCCUUGUAAGCCCCGUUCCCCCGUGUGCCAUGUUGUCUGCCCCCACCUCAUCUUCUGUCAACCGUCCUUCACCUGCUGCUGCUCUCCCUCACCCUCGCCCUGCUCGCUGCUGCCCCCAGCCUUGUAAGCCGUUCCCCCUUGUGCCAUGCUGUCUGCCCCCACCUCAUCUUCUGUCAACCGUCCUUCACCUGCUGCUGCUCUCCCUCACCCUCGCUCUGCUCGCUGCUGCCCCCAGCCUUGUAAGCCCCGUUCCCCCGUGUGCCAUGUUGUCUGCCCCCACCUCAUCUUCUGUCAACCGUCCUUCACCUGCUGCUGCUCUCACUCACCCUCGCCCUGCUCGCUGCUGCCCCCAGCCUUGUAAGCCGUUCCCCCGUGUGCCAUGUUGUCUGCCCCCACCUCAUCUUCUGUCAACCGUCCUUCACCUGCUGCUGCUCUCACUCACCCUCGCUCUGCUCGCUGCUGCCCCCAGCCUCGUAAGCCGUUCCCCCGUGUGCCAUGCUGUCUGUCUCCGCCCCAUCUUCUGUCAACUUUCCUUCACCCUCGCUCUGCUCGCUGCUGCUCCCAGCCUUCAUUCCUCCCUGUACCAUGCUCUCUGCCUCUGCCUCUUAUACUGCCUCACCCUCACCCCGCUUGCUGCUGCUCCCAGCCUUGAAAGGAAACUAGGCCGGUUUAACUGUCAGGUGCUGGUCGCCACUCGAGAUGUCAGGCACCAUGCGCUCUCUUCUCCCGUCUCUCUUCUCCCGUCUCUCUUCUCCCGUCUCUCUUCUCCCGUCUCUCUUCUCCCGUCUCUCUUCUCCCGUCUCUCUUCUCCACGUGGGUCGGCUGCUGGGCCUAUCAGACGCCAUCAUGUCGGCCUGCCGAGUGCUCAUUGGCUGAUAACCAAACGGUGCAUGUUGCUCGUACUCAGCAUCCCUCUAUCUCCUCUACACUCACUCACCUCCCUACCAGCCGCCCUAUGCCCUGCCCUCUACCAUCCGAUCCCCUCACCACAGGUGGGACAGCUGCUGGGCUUAUCAGACGCCAUCAUGUCGGCCUGUCGGGUGCUCGGUCCCUCUGCUGCCGGCCUCCUCUCCUCCCAAUUCGGCUACCACGCCCCUGUUGCUGUCAGCUCUAUCACUGCUGCCACUGCAGCUCACAUCAAUUCCGGAGGUGAUUUUCCAGGCGCCUCUAAAAUCACCUCCGUUGGCUUCUUGGGAGCUCCAUCACUGCUGCCACUGCAGCUCACAUUGAUUCCUGUCCUCGCUGUCAUUGCAGCCACUGCAGCUCUCCUCUUCCACCUGCUAGUGCUGCGCCGCCACCACCCUGCCUCUGCUGCCAAUCCUUUGCUCCUUCCCCACCUCUGUUCCACCUCCCUUUCCCUUUCUUCCCUCCAUCUCCUCCCUGCCAGCGCUGUCAUUGCAGCCAAUGCAGCUCUCCUCUUCCACCUGCUAGUGCUGCGCCGCCACCACCCUGCCUCUGCUGCCACAGGAAUUUUGUCUAAAGGGCAUUUGGCCUGA